CAUUGUUUGUUGCUUGCACAGGGAAAAAGGAGAAAGUGCAUAAAGAUGCAAUGAUAAAAACAACUGUAUUGCCUGCGUAGCGCGAAUGCGCUUUGACAACGAUGUAUUCAAUAAUUCUCUCACGUGACGAAAGGAGACGCGUUUGCACGCGUUUGUUUGACGGCUUCUUGCACGCGUGUAUCGAAGAAAAAGAUCUCCACAUGAUUCUCUUAUAAACAACGUGAUAUCGCUUGACAAAUUAAUAAUAUAACUAAUCAGUGGAUGUACAGUUUAGCGGAUAUAGCGUAUGUUAAUCAAUUGACAAGUAUUAUUUCAAAAUAAAACGGUAAAUAAGAUGGCUGGGCAACAACAUCCUUUCCUACCUGGGUUUCCCAAUGUGCAGCAAUCGCCUAUGCGCACACAGUUUGGUGGCGGACAAAUGGUUUCUGGUUUGAUGGGACCACAACAAGGGAAUAUGGUAAGCUCUCAACAAUUUGGCAUGGGAGUUGGGGUUGGAGUAGGUGUCGGUAAUGUUGGAUCUAAUGCCAUGGGAAUGCCCAAUUCCCAACAAGUCUUGGCGCAACAGCAACAACAGCAACAGUCCAUGGCGAUGCAACAACAAAUGCAGCAGAUACAGCAGCAACAAUUACAAUUGCAGCAGCAACAACAGGCUGCAAUGGUUCAACAGAAUAAUCAAACCAAUAAUCAGGCCACGACGCCGCAGACUCCAGUACCACCCACACAGCCACCGCCGCGACAACCGCAGGCUAAGGAUAUUAACACCGUUAGUUUAUGUAAAUAUGGACAAGAGACUGUACAAGAAAUAGUCAAUCGUACCCAAGAGCUCUUCGCAACUCUCAAGGUCCUUCAACCACCCAAUGGUACCGCACAAGGGGCAAACAUGGCGAACGAGAAGAAGAAGAAAGUCUACGAACAAUUGGAUAUGAUCAAAAUAAUGUUCAAACGCCUGAGACUGAUAUAUGAAAAAUGUAAUGAGAACUGUCAGGGAAUGGAGUAUACGCAUAUAGAAAGUUUAAUUCCGUUGAAGGAGGAAUGGGAUAUGAAAUCCGACGAGAAGAAAACCUCAGAAUCUUACAGACUCAGCUGCGAGGAGAGGAAGGAAAUUAUGGAGCAAGUGGUAUUAAAGAAUAGGCACAUUAAGGAAAUAAUCGAUCACUUAAGGCGCAUUAUUUCAGAAAUAAACACAAUGUUAAAUAUGCGUCGAUCUUAGGUUACCAAAUAUAGAUAAUUAUGUUUUUGUAAUAUUAUGUUUAUGUAUUUUUAUAAUAAUAUAUAUAUUGUAGUUAAAUAUUU